UAUGCAGGGAGCAGAACAGCUUAUUUCUCAGACCUGGAACUAUUUCAAGAUGUUGCACUGAACUAUUUCUAUGUCAUCGGGCUAAGAACAAGCAUCUGAGAAUCUCAGAAGACUCUCAAAAGAUUACAUGGAAAAUGAAGACCAAAGAAAGGAGUGACCACUGUGCAAUAAUCAAUGAAGGGGAGGACAAUGAGAUGGAAAUCUUUGGCUACAGAUUGAGCAUUCUUUGGAUUGUCCUCUGUGUGAUUGGCUAUUGUUUAUCAGGAGGAAUUCUUUUGCUAGUUUUUUAUUGGAAGCCAGAGUGGAGCAUCUGGGCAAACUGUGUCCAAUCCCCUUUGGAAAAAGCCAAUGUGGUUUUACUUAGAACAACUGAUGAAAGAAAGAAAUAUACCAGAAAGAAGGUACGCUGGAUAACCCUUGAUGAAUUUAAAGAAACAUUAAGAAAUUCAAAUUGUUCUGUCAUCUCUGACGAGAAUUCUAUUUUAAAUAAAGCCAUAAGAAGACCGGAUCUUAAAGUUAAAUUUAUUAGAGUUCAGAAAAUUCGUUUUGUAUGGAACUAUGCCGAGAAAAAGUUUGAAAACAUUGGAACUCUGGAGGAGAAUCUUUCUUGUUACAACAUGCACUUAUUUUAUGGAUCUGGCCUAAAGAAGGAGGAACAAGCCAUCAGGAGAUUAGUGUGUGGCUACAACACAAUUGAAGUAGAAGUUGCCCCACUAUGGAAACUGUUUUUAUAUAAGGUGUUAGAUAUGCUGUAUAUAUACCAGUUUUUUGCCAUUACCCUUAUGCUAGUAGAGGGAUAUCUGGGUUAUGCAGUAGCCAUUCUGAUUUUAUGUGCUUGUAAUAUAACUGUAUCACUUGUUGAACUCCGAAAGCUGUCUACAAAGCUCCACAAUCUUGUCAAAACUCAUAACAACAUGAAAUGUACUGUCUGUCAAAGAAAUGGAGACUACAGCGAAGUUGAAUCUCGCCAUUUGGUUCCAGGGGACAUUGUUGUUUUAACUGGCAAGAACUUUUUUAUGUCAUGUGAUGCAAUUUUAAUCAACGGGACAUGUGUUGUGAACGAGGGAAUGUUAACAGGAGAAUCUAUUCCUGUGACAAAAACUCAGCUGCCACAUCUAGACAAAACAAUGCCGUGGAAACAAUACAGUGGAGAAGAUUAUAAACGCCAUAUUCUGUUUUGCGGAACUGAAGUAAUACAGACUGAAUCCACUGCACAGGGCCCAGCCAAAGCUAUAGUUUUAAGAACAGGUUUCAAUACAACUAAAGGUGACAUGGUGAGAUCCAUAUUAUAUCCAAAACCAUUAAACUUUAAAUUAGACAGAGACGUAAGAUGGUUCUAUAUAUUCCUGGCAUGUCUGGCCAUCAUUGGAAUCAUCUAUGCGGUUACAAUAUAUGUACAGAGGAAGGUACCUGCAUGGAGAAUUAUUGUGGAGUCUCUGGUUCUCAUAAUCUGUGCUGUAUCCCCAGUUAUUCCAGCAGCCUUGAUGGUUGGGAUUCUUUAUGCUAAAAGGAGACUAAGAAAAAAGCGGGUAUACUGUGUCAGUCCAGACAGAAUUAACAUGUGCGGCCAGAUCAAUCUUUUCUGCUUUGAUAAGACAGGAACUCUAACAGAAGAUGGCCUUGAUUUAAUGGGAGUAAUACCAUCUAAAAAUGCAUGCUUUCAGGAAAUGUUAACUCAUGAACAGAUUAACGAUCUCUCUGGGGAGCCACUAUUUACUGCAAUGACAUGCUGUCAUUCUCUGAUCAUUGUGGAUGGAAAACUACAAGGUGAUCCAUUAGAUGUGAAGAUGUUUGAAGCCACUGCCUGGGUACUUGAUGACACCUGCAAAGAUUUUUGUGAUGAAAACACAGCCCAGAAUAAAAUAAUUCGACCUGGACCAGACUUUAAUAGCAAUAUGGAUGAUGGAGUGGAAAUUUUAUUGCAGUACCCAUUUUCCUCAGCCAUGAUGCGCAUGUCUGUUGUUGCUACAGUCAUAGGAAAGGAUGAGAUGAAUGUAUACAUGAAGGGUGCUCCUGAGACAGUGGCCAGCUUCUGUAAUGCAGAGACAGUUCCCAGUGGAUAUUUAGAUGAAUUGGAACGCUACACAUUUCAAGGCUUGCGAGUGAUUGGCGUGGCAUUCAAGACUCUCAAAAACAUAAGACAAAAUGAAUUAGAAAACUUAGAAAGGGAAGAAGUUGAAUGCAACAUGGAAUUUCUUGGUUUGUUAAUCCUGGAAAAUCGUCUUAAACCUGAAACCAAGCCAGUUUUGGAGGAACUGAAUGCAGCAAACAUCAGGACUGUAAUGAUUACAGGUGACAACAUACAAACAGCUACAACGGUUGCAAAAAAAUGUGGCAUGAUUCCUGAUGACAGCAAAGUAAUCCUGGUGGAAGCUUGUAAACCUGAGGGCUUUUCUCCAGCAUCUGUCACCUUUAAACUUCUGGAGUAUCCCACGGAUGAAAAAGAUACUAAUGAUAUCUCCAUAAAUAUUGAAAAGAUUCUGGAUGGUAAAACGGCGAACAAUGAUUACCAUUUUUCACUGAGUGGAAAGACCUAUGAAAAUCUGGAAGAACACUUUUAUGACUUGUUACCGAAGAUACUGAUGAAUGGAACAAUAUAUGCUCGAAUGUCUCCAGGACAGAAGUCAACAAUAAUAGAUGAAUUUCGGAAACUUGAUUAUUAUGUGGGAAUGUGUGGUGAUGGAGCCAAUGACUGCGCAGCUUUGAAAAUGGCUAAUGCAGGGAUAUCUUUAUCUGAAGAAGAAGCAUCUGUAGCUGCACCUUUCAACUCUCAAGUUACCAAUAUUAGCUGUGUUCCAGAAUUACUGAAGGAAGGACGGGCAGCACUUGUAACUUCAUUCUGUAUGUUUAAAUACAUGGCUAUGUUUGGGUUAUUUGAAUAUACCAACACACUACUGCUCUAUUGGCAGCGAAACAUUUUUGGAAACAAUCAGUGGCUCAUUCAUGACUUUGCCAUUGUGUUUGCAAUAUUUUUAACAAUGAGUGCUACCACUGCAUACCCGAAACUGGCAAAGUAUAGACCACCAGGACAGAUGCUAUCUCCAUCUAUGGUCUUUUCAGUACUCUUCAAUGUACUCUAUGGCAUAGCUUCAGAGACUUAUGCAUUUCUUAUGGUUCAGCAGCAACCAUGGUACAGCAGAGAUGAUAUCUACAGUGCCUGCCAUCCUGGAAAUGAAAGCUUGAACAUUAAUCUUACCCAUGUUUUAAUUUAUGAAAGAAAGACAAUUAACUAUUUAAGCUUUGAGUCUACAACACUGUGGCUGAUAACAUGUGUACACUUGGUGAUCCUAUCUUUUGUCUUCUCUAAGGGGAAGCCCUUCCGACAGCCACUUUAUAACAACUAUUUGUUUGUGGUCGUACUAAUUAUAGAAGUUACUUUUACCAUAUUCUUCAUAUUUGCUGACUUUGAAAACAUUUACAUUGUUUUAGAGCUUUGCUGUACACCUACCAGCUGGAGAAUACAUAUAAUUGUACUACUGGUUGUAAAUCUGGUGGUAACAUUUGCAGUGGAGUGUAUUUUGGAUAAUAGAGCUCUCUGGGUAGCCUUGAAGAGGUGCUUACAUUUAAAGCCUGGGAGUAAGUAUAAAAUACUCCGGACAACAUUGGCAGCGGACACAGAAUGGCCACAGAUUGGGAAAACGAUAUAUAACAAGAGUGAGAUGAUGACCAAUGAACACCAUGAAGCCUACAAUAAUCCAGUUUUCCAGCAGGAUGAUCUUGUGAAUGAGAAACACUCAUAUAAAUGACAAAUGAAUAGGAAUAUAAAAUGAAUAAACACAUUUUAGCUGACAUUAUUUAUUGGAAACGAAAAAGUCUGCUGAACUAAUAUUUCAUUGAACUUUUUAUGUGAAAGAAGCUUGUUAAAAAAAAAAAA